GUAUAAAUGCAGAGUGUAAUUGAUAGCUCACAUCCAGUCAAGUUGUAGGAGGGCUUGAGUCAACCUCAAGAUGAUUGGCCUGAUUGUUCUCGCACUGUUGGGUGCUGCAGCUGCAGCCCCUGCAGAUGACAAGAUUGUGGGUGGAUAUGAGUGUGCAAGACAUGCUCAACCCUGGCAGGUGUCUCUCAACAUCGGCUACCACUACUGUGGCGGCUCCCUCAUCAACGACCAGUGGAUCAUCUCUGCUGCCCACUGCUGGCAGAACCCCUACUCACAGAUGAUCGUCUUGGGUGAUCACCACAUCUGGAUGGAUGAAGGCACAGAGCAGUAUGUGACUGUCGAUGCAAUCUACUGGCAUCAGAGCUAUGACUACCAGACCCUGGACUAUGACAUUAUGCUGAUGAAGCUGUCCCACGGUGUCACCAUUAACCAGUAUGUCAAGCCCAUUGCCCUGCCCACAGCCUGCCCCUCAGCUGGAGACAUGUGCACUGUAUCCGGAUGGGGAAACAUCUACUCCGAUCAAGUGUUCAACCCAUUCCUCCUCCAGUGUGUGAAAGUCCCCAUCAUGUCUGAUAAGGACUGUGAAGGAUCCUACCCAGGACAGAUCACUGACCGCAUGGUGUGUGCUGGAUACCUGGAGGGAGGAAAAGAUGCUUGUCAGGGUGACUCUGGUGGUCCUUUGGUGUGUAAUGGGGAGCUGCAGGGUAUCGUCUCUUGGGGGCAGGGCUGCGCUCUGCCAGACUACCCGGGCGUUUACACCAAAGUCUGCUCUCUGAUGCCCUGGAUCAACGAGACUCUUAACAGUUACAGCUAGGCUGUGAUCUCCUAUCACAGAGCUACAUGACAGAGGGGAAACAAGAGUGAGAGUGAAAUGGAAGGAGACAGAGGCAGGAGAUGUUAGUGGGAAAUGUCAGAAAAAGAAGCAGCAGGAGAGCUCAGGAGGGAGAGAGAAACAAGGAGAAUCAGUGGGAGAGAGAGAGAGAGAGAAUGAAAUGUC